AUUCCGAGCUUCCGGCUCCUUUAACUUUCCUGCCGAAGGAUUCUUCUUCCCUUGGUCGCAUUAUCCAUAUCACUCGCAAUGAGUCUUCCGCAACAUGUUGCAAAGGAACUAUUCAAUGCAUCGAGUGAUGCUGAUCUAAAACAAAUGCAACAAGACCAGACCGAUUGUCUGGCGAUUUACCAAUCCACACACGAGCAAUUGGAGGCAUUUAACGAUUUCAGUAAAGCAAGAUACCAGAACAUCAACAAACAUUUCGAAUCGCAUACAUCUAUGCUUAAAGAGAUGAAACGGGAUCUGGAUAGUGUUUAUACCAAGUUGAGAAAAGUCAAGGGCAAACUAGAGCAAAAGUAUCCACUUGAAAUGGGAAGAGCGCAAGCUCAAUAUCCAGCGCCAGUGACCGAGGAUGACACUUAAAAAACACAGCAAUCCAAAGUAAAUAACCUGUCAAUUGUAUGGUGAUUGAUCGCCCGGGGAGUGCACAGCUAUUGUACAGUUUUGAUCCCGUUCAUGUUAUGGUAUGCUGCUUUUGAAUAACUCAGACGACAUGGCGACCCUGAAGUCGCUACGUGAAGGCUGUGUGAUGACUCCAUGGUGCGAUACUAGCAAUUAUAUGGUUACAGAUUGGUAUUAUAAAAUAAAUUGCGUGGUGUUUAGGUGCUUCCACACACUCCUAGCAAAUAUUUAA